CGUCCUCCCGGGGCAGCCCUGGUCCGCUCCGUCUGUGUCUGGGAACGCGGCUGCCAGGCUCAGGCCUUGGGCCUUUCUCCUCCCCUCCUCCCGCUGCUGCCAAAGGCCAUCCUUGAAGCACGUCCUGCAGGAGAAGCCACUUCACUGGGCCUUCUGGCUCCGGGACGGGGCCGCCUGCAGUUCUCCCGGGGCAGGGCCACGUCCCUUGUCCUCUUCCCUGAGCACCUCUGUGCUGCUCCGUGUCCCUGGCCUUGGCUCGCGGGCAGGAUGCGUGUCCCGCCGCCCGUGGCUGUGUUAGCACAACUACGCCUGAACCUACUUUGAUCGCUGACUCGGCUUCAUCUGUUUGCUUUCCGUCUUCCGGGUGAGGAGGAAGAUGAAGGCUCGGGCUCCGCCGCCUCCCGGAAGGCCCGCCACGCCCAACGCGCACAGCGGACCGAAGCCGCGCCGGGACGCGUCCCCCGGGCCCCCGCCGCACCUGCUGCAUAUGAAGGAGAACCUGCGGAACAGCGCGGUGGCCGUCACCGUGGUUCUGCCCAGUGGCCUGGAGAAGAAGAGCGUGGUCAAUGGCAGCCAUGCCAUGAUGGACCUACUGGUUGAACUUUGCCUUCAGAACCACCUGAAUCCAUCCCACCACGCCCUCGAGAUCCGUUCUUCGGAAACCCAACAGCCUCUGAGUUUUAAGCCAAAUACUUUAGUUGGGACCCUGAACGUUCACACUGUAUUCCUCAAAGAGAAAGUUCCCGAAGAGAAGGUGAAACCCGGCCCACCUAAGGCCCCUGAGAAAUCUGUGCGCUUGGUAGUGAAUUACCUACGAACGCAAAAGGCUGUUGUACGCGUGAGCCCCGAGGUGCCGCUGCAGAACAUUCUCCCGGUCAUCUGUGCAAAGUGCGAAGUCAGCCCGGAGCACGUGGUCCUCCUCAGGGACAACAUUGCUGGGGAGGAGCUGGAGCUUUCCAAGUCUCUCAAUGAGCUGGGGAUAAAGGAACUCUACGCCUGGGACAAUAAACGAGUUCUUCUGACCAAAACUCAGUCGGAGCCUUCCCUGAGCUGUCAAGAAACCUUUAGAAAAUCGUCACUUGGCAAUGAUGAGACAGAUAAAGAGAAGAAAAAGUUUCUGGGAUUCUUCAAAGUUAAUAAGAGGAGCAGCAGCAAGGCCGAGCGGACCGCGCAGGCCGGGGUGGACAGCGAUGAGGACGCCUCGCAGUCCGCUUUGGGAAGGGGCUCGAACGGCUGCCUGACAACGCCCAACUCCCCGUCCGUGAACCCCCGUUCCGUUCCGUUGGGUCCAUCGCUGUCGCUCAGCAACAUCUCGGGGGUGUCUGUGAAGUCGGACCUGAAGAAGCGGCGGGCCCCUCCGCCCCCGACCUCGCCUGGCACGGGGCCACCGGCGCAGGACAAGGCCUCGGAAAAGGUAUCUCUGGGCUCACAGAUUGACCUGCAGAAAAAGAAGAGGCGGGCGCCGGCCCCCCCGACGCCGCAGCCCCCAACGUCCAGCCCUCUGGUGCCACCUCGCACUCAGGACAGGGAGGAAAACAGGAAGAGCGCCACGGGUGUUGGACGGCAGGUGCCACAAAAGCCUCCCAGAGGCACUGGCCGGGGGCCCCCCCAGCUAGUGCUCCCCCCACCCCCGCCCUACCCUCCUCCUGACACAGACGAAGCAGAGCCUCUCGGCUUUCCCGGGGAGAGUGCUGGCUCCGAGGCCUUGGACCCAAGACCCACACUGAGCCUGCCCCCGGGGCCCAGCAGUCCCUGUGGCACGGACAGGGUCCCGCCCGCGCUGUCCGAGGCCGAGGAGACGGUGUCUGUCAGCAGCUGUUUCGCAUCAGAAGAUACAACGGAAGACUCCGGAGUGGUGAGCUCCCCCUCGGACAUCAUCUCCCUGGAUUCCCAACACGACAGCAUGAAAUCCAAAGAUAAGUGGGCCACAGACCAGGAGGACGGCAGUGACCAGGACCUGGCUGGAACCCCGGAACUGGGGCCCCACAAGAGCCCCACGUGGGAGCGGAGCAGCUCUGGGAACUGGCAUCCCAGACCUGAAGCUGCCCUAACCUCCGACGGUGAGGAAGACCUGUCUAUCACCGGGAGGUUCCAGAAAACCCUUGAAGAACUGGAUGAGGAGCUGGCAGAACGAGAAGGGACCCCCCGCGUGACGACCGGGCCCAUGAGCGGCGUGUCCCACCACCGCGUGCCGGACGCCACCGGCCCCGACGGGGAGGCCGACGUGAUCCCCGUCACCUUCAUCGGGGAGGUUUUGGAUGACCCCGUGGACUCGGGGCUGUUUUCCAACAGAAACAACAACGCUGGUUCUUUUGACCUGGGGGGCGUGGCUGACAGGGGGGCGCCCCCCACGCCCCCCGUGCCCCCACAGGAGGAGCACAGCCGGCCACUCGGAAGGAGGACACACGUGCCCCACUCACCCGCUCCUCCCCAUGACAUCGGGACAGAAAGCAAGCCCGCCUCGGCCAACCCCUGUGAUGCUGAAAAUCUGAAUAAAAUGGAGCCCGAGACGGGCUGUGUGGCGGCGCUGCACACGCACCCCCCAGACGCACAGGGGGGCGGCGAGGGGCCCGGCCCUGGCCUCGGCGGGAAGGUGCGGGCCCACGAGGCGGCGAGGCCGCAGCCGGCGAGGGGCAAGGAGGCCCAGGGGGCAGGUAGUGGCCCAGCUCCACCGCGCUGGUAUCAACGGGACCCCAGCCCCGGGGGAAGCUACGGACUGAAAUACGGCCUCACGACGUACAAAAUCGUCCCCCCGAGGUCGGAGAUGAGGUGUUACGACCGAGGAGUGUCGCUCUCAACGGGUGCCAUCAAGAUCGACGAGCUGGGGAAUCUGGUGAGUCCCCACGCACACGGGGGCAGGACCAUAACCCCGUCGUCAUCCACUCUCGACGUGGAAACCCAGCCCGUUGGAAAAGUCAAAGAAUUCUGGAGGUCCGGCUCCACGGAGACACGCUCCGGCCAGGGGACCCCCGGCCCCAUCGCACCCCCGAAGCCGCAGCCUCGAGACGUGGGACGCGGGGCGGAGCCGAGCUUCCCGGGCCCGGCAGCGCCGCGGCCCCCGCAGCAGCCCACACGCCCAGAGGAGGCCAGAAGCCGGCCGCCCGCCCCGGCCACUUGUCCCGUGAACGUGCCAGCAGCGAGCGCCACGGAAGUCUCAUUUCUGAAGCCUCAGAGGAGGACCUCCAGUCAGUACGUGGCCUCUGCCAUUGCCAAGCGCAUCGGGCCCCAGGGCGCCCCGACCGCUGCGGUGAGGACGCCCGGGAACGCCCAGCAGGACGCGGAAGGCCGGACGCCGGCCCCACAGCCUCCUGCCCGUGCUGACCCGGGGGCGGCAGUCGGGGGUGCCCAGGGCAGCAGCCCCGAGGGAGCAUCGUCCGGCCAGGCCCCUCCCGCUGGCCUCCGCAGGAGCCCCUGUGUCCCCCCGGUCACUGCUUCCCAGCACGAUCGCGUCUGCACGGCGCAGAGCUGCAGCCUCCAGGGAAGGCAAAGCCCAGGCCGCCCCGGCACCAGCCCAGCAUCUGCCCCCCAGUGCACGCUGGACGGUCCCCCCCGCCCCCGCUCGGGAGACGACCAGACCCCUGGCAGGACCCUGGCGAAUGGGUCCAGGUGGGUCCCCCUCCACACCGAGCCCCCUCGCUCCCCGGGCAGGCUGGACACCAAUGACGGCACCAGGCAGGAGCCCCUGGAACGGGAGGCAAAACCCAGUGCGCCGUGCGCAGGAGGACACGAACCCGAUGGCACCCUGCCCCCCAGCAUCUUCGGGCCAAAGAAGAAAUUCCGCCCCGUGGUCCAGAGGCCAGCUCCGAAAGACACGUCGCUGCACAGCGCCCUGAUGGAGGCCAUCCACUCGGCAGGAGGGAAGGACAGGCUGCGCAAGGUUGCAGAACCCGGCUCCGAGGGCGGCCCGAGGAAGACGUCCUCCGCGGAGCCAGCGGGCGAGCGCUCGGCGCUGCUGGCAGCCAUCCGAGGGCACAGCGGGGCCUGCAGCCUGCGGAAGGUGUCCUCCUUCGCCUCCGAGGAGCUGCGGAGCCUCCGGGACGCCGAGCUGUCACAGCAGGAAUGUGGAUCGCCGCUGGAGCCCCCAGCACUACCUGAGCUUGGCAUCCCGGCCCCGCCGGCCCCGCCGGCCCCACGCCCUCCGGCCACCCAGGCUCCCCCCGCGCCCAGGACGGCGUCCAGGUCCAGCUCGGGCAGCCCCGCUGAAGCCAGGCAGGCCCUGAUGGACGCCAUCCGCUCCGGCACAGGGGCCGCAAGAUUGAGAAAGGUGCCCUUGCUCGUGUAAAUCAUCAAGAACAUCAGACCGUGGCGGAGACCCACCUGUGAGCCCUCCACAAGGACGCCACGUGGCGGGGGGAGUGGGGCGGGGACAUCACGACUUGGUGGAUCUUGUCUACAGGCCAAACUCACACAAUCGAUUUCCAGUCCUGCAAAACGGUUCCAAGGGAGGGCGAGAUGCUGCUCGGCUGCGCGGCUGGUGUGCCAAGGAAACGUGUUUGCCUCUGAAUAUUUGAAGUUGCCAAUAGCCUACUCUUGUUGGCAGGUUAAUGGGGAUACAAACGCUGGAGCCCAACACUACACUUACUUACGGUGACUACACUGAUUCCGGACCUUUGACGCUUUACCGCAUACAGAUGGUUGAGACCACUUAGUGGUUUGACAUCUUCUGAAUUCUAAGGAAAUACGCAUAAAUCAGAGGAAACGAUCUGAGUGUGAUACACUCUGACGUUUUAGGAGUACGAACAGCGCUGGAAGAGGACUGUUGAGUAAUGAAACCAUUGGAUGUUCAUGCCUCAAAAAUUUGGGGGUCACAGCCUCACGGGAGGUCACAGGCCACGAUCUGACCAACUAAGCUUUGUAAAAAACCAAUGAUUCUCAACCAGAAUAAAAUCACACUUGACGUCUGGCACUUCUGAUCCUCCUAGGGCAGCGGCGACAGAGAUCAGAGUGGCCCGGGUGUGGACGGUCGGUGCCCCCCGGUGCCGGCGUCCCUGGCGGGCUGUGAAGUAGAACGAGCCUCCCCCGCAGUGGCCGUGUACGGAGCCCAGUGACUUACUUCCCGGAGAACCUUCUGAAACCCUGCGCACAGCCAAGAGCGGGGACGUUGGGUGUCCACGUGUCGCCACCGUCGGGUCAAGACCGUGCUGGUAUUUCGCAGUUUGGGUUUGGUGCGGGCUCGUUGGCCCAACAGAUCAGUGGCUCCCCUGAGCCCUACGGAAGGCUCGUCUUCGCGCCCGGUGGGUGCUCAGCCACCGGUAGUUACGAGGAAGCGUAGACCCAGCGCUACUUUCCACAUCUCCGUCUAAAGCCUCUUUAUUUGAAAAGAGCCCUUGAAGAGACGAGUGGAAAUCAAGAGUCCGUGACAUAAAAUCUCUGUCCUGAUGGAACGACAGACACGGGGAGACCAUUUUAAGGUCUCACGACUGCUUCACGUCGAGGCAUCACCCAGAGUGGAAGCUUUGCUCUGCACGGUCUGACGGCCGCGGCUCGCCUCCCUGCUGCGGCCAGAACGUCAGCCGGGGUCUCGUAAACCGCGCCGUCUCUACUCUGUGUCUUUUAGUGCCACAAAUAAAAGAAAAUGAAACUGUAA